GGGGGUGAUGGGAACCAACACAACACACUGACAAACGAACAAUUUGGAACUAAGAUAUUUUUUGUCUCACCGGGAGUUCAUUUUGUCGUUUUUUUGACUGUUAUAAAAAAAAAAAAAAAAAAAAACGUUUUAUUUCUCGUGCCGGGAGUGGAGUUUACACCGAGAGGUUUUCUGACUUUCUAAAGAGAAGUAAGUCAAGAUGCUUGACUAAAACUAGACCUGAAAAACCCCCGAAGCGGAACCUUUCUAACCGUGUUUGAGGAUGACAACGCUCCCAUGCUGACACUCACCAUCCAAGUCUCUCUGACGCUUCUCUGAAAGAAGAGAAACCCCCCCCCCUCCAGCUACGAUGUCUGUCCUGGAACGACCUAUCUCGCCCCUCAAACCAGAAAUCAAACCAAAACCAGAGAUCCCUCCUAGAUCCAUGCUGAGGAACUCCACCUCUCCUGUUGGCGGGACCUCCAGUUCAGACACAACACCAGGAAAGGUGAAAAAAAUAGCAGAGAGGUUUACUAAGCAAGACCCCAUCGAAGCAGGAGAGCAGUUGGUGAAUGGUUCUGCAGAGCUGUCUUCGAACAAACAAUCGAAAAAGCCACCUGAGAUAAAACCCAAACCAGACAUCUCCUACACUCAGCCUCAGGUGGGAACUGAGCAGGUGCCACCGCUGCCCAAGAAGAGGAGCCGCUUCCUGAAGAAACAGCAAGAGAGCAUUGACGAGAAUGGCGAAGACAUGAACACAGACAGAGGGAGAUCAGCACCAGAUGGAAAGGAGGUGGAGGUUCAUGGGGCAGGAGCAGUAGAAGCAAAGACAGAUGACGCUCCAUAUUCUCUGCUCAGUAGCUGCUGUAGCAAAACUUGCACCUGCAUGUGUCAUCAAAACAGACCAGGCAUGAUGCUCAUAUGGGUGCCUGUGGAUGAGCAAGAUGCCGAGUGUCCAGGUAAGGGAGCUAAGGAUGAGGUGCAAGAGCAGAGAGAAGAGACAGUGCAGAAAGUCAAAUGUGAACCAGAAAUAAAGCCAGCAGAAAAGGAAGAAGAUCUGGGCACAGAAGAAAAGGACGCAGAAGUGCAGGAUGAACAAUAUGAGUCAAAAUUACCUGCAGUAAAGAAGGGAGAAAUGAAGGAAGCAGAUGAGGAGAUGGGAGAGGACAUGUAUGAAGAAGAGAAGCAACAGGAAGCAGCAGAGAUGAUGGAAGUUCACAGACCAGAGCGACAAGAAGAGAUUGAGUUAGCAGAGAAAGGGGGGGAAGAUACCAGAGCAGAGGAAGAUCAGGGAGAGGAAAGGAAGGACGAGGGAGGAGAUGAGACAGACAUGACUCCUGUGAGGGAUGAGAAAUCGAAGUUUUAUCAAUCUUUGGAAAUGUUGCUGGCCGAGGGUCCAAAAAAGCCUUCUGACCAGAGUCCUCCAGCUCCCCUCAAACGCCGUGAGUCUUUGCUUUCAAAGCCUCCUCAGCCUCUGCCUGUCCUAAACCAACAGCCUGAGGAUGAAGAGGAGAGUAUUUAUGAGCUCCAUCUUCCUGUGGCUUCUCAGCCCAUCAAAAAGAUAUCAUCCCCGAGGAAGGACUUGAGGGAUAUUCCUCAAAUAAAUGUCCACAAACCGGCUCGUCGGGAUAAACCGGCCCACAGCUCCGUAGACCCUGAAACUCAGUCUAACAAUGCAACAGCACCACCUGCCAUACCACCCAGGGUUCCUGUGAAUGGAGCUCCAGUCCCUCAGAAGGAGAACACCUCUGGAAGAACCUCACCAAGCACCAACCUCUCGCUUGGUAGGGUCAGACCACCACCCCCUUCAACGUCACCUCCAAGAAGCCCUCUGAUUCCUUUAAGACCCCCACCUUCUCCUCCAAACGCAGAUUCCAGGAGGCUCAGCAACGCUUCCAUGCAGUCCACCAUCUUGUUUGAAGAGAAUAAAAGCAGCAAAGAGAAAGAAGGUAGAGAUAGGUCUUCAAUCAAAAAGAAGAUGUCUUUCAAGCGGGAGUUCCGCCUGAGCGAUGAGCCUCUGUACCAAACCUACAACGACUUUGCCAUCAAGAAGGAGCUGCGUCAACAGAGCAUCAUCCGCAGCAUCAGCAAAGCUAGCGCGGACUACGCUAUGGGUUGGGUGGCUCGCCAUGACGAGAACAUAACAGUGAAGUUAAACGGAAGCAAGCCAGCCAGGGCUAGCCUCGUACCUACAAUGAGCCAUAGCACCUUGUGGCAGGAGCUCCCUGCCGUACGGGACAGUGGAGUGCUGGACACGCUCACUUCUGAGCAAAUCAAGUACCAGGAGAGCAUGUUUGAAGUCCUGACGUCGGAGACCUCGUACCUGCGGUCCCUCUACGUCCUGACUGACCACUUUAUGGAAAACAGGGAGCUGUAUAACAUGAUCAUCAUCAACGACAGGAAAACUCUCUUCUCUAACACCCUGAAGGUUCGCGAGGUCAGCGAGAGGUUCCUGAAAGACCUGGAAAACCACAUAUUAAAGGAGAUAGUGUUCCCAGAUAUAUGUGACAUUAUCAACUAUCACGCCCAGCACAACUUUUCCCCCUACAUUGACUACGUGCGCAACCAGAUCUACCAAGAAAAGACCUACUCAAGACUCAUGAAGACUAACGAGCAGUUCGCCGCCAUGAUCAACCGUCUUCAGGAGCUGCCUCAAUGUCAGCGGCUGCCCUUUAUUUCCUUCCUGCUGCUGCCCUUCCAGCGAAUAACACGCUUAAGGAUGCUCAUCGAGAACAUCCUAAAGAGAACAAAAGAGGGAACGCCAGAGGAGAAGACCGCCUCAAAGGCUCUGGCCUCCGUCUCUAAGAUCAUUGAUUGCUGCAACAGAGAAGUGGGGAAGAUGAGACAGAUGGAGGAGCUGGUAGAAAUCUCCAACAUGCUGGAGUAUGAUAAGCUCAAGGCCACCCCCAUCGUCUCUGAGAGUCGCUCUCUGGAGAAGAAAGGAGAGCUCCAAGAAAUGUCCAAAACAAAAACCUUUGUCAACAUGAGGGCCAAGUUCUCUCCAGUUUACCUCUUUCUCUUCAAUGACCGGCUACUGAUAACUAUCAAGAAAAGCUCUGACCGUUAUGUGGUGGUGGACCACAGUCAUCGAACUCUGGUUCAGGUUGAGCCGUUGGAGGAGACCUCUGGUGGUGCAACCUAUGAGAAUUGCUUCAACCUCAUCAUGCUGGAAAACCACCAGGGGCGCAAGAUGGAGCGGCUCCUCAAAGCCCCAUCCAAAUCAGACAUGGAGAGAUGGUUGGCUGCUUUCCCCAGCUCCACCAAAGAUGAUGUUGAAGAAGAGGUGAUUUAUGAGGACUGGGAUUGUCCUCAGGUGCAGUGUGUGGAGCGGUACGUCGCCCAGCAAGGAGACGAGCUCAGCCUGGAGCCCACUGAGCUCGUCAACGUCACCCGCAAAACCAAUGAAGGCUGGUACGAAGGAAUCCGUCUGUCUGAUGGUCAGAAGGGUUGGUUCCCCACUGCAAACGUCAUCGAGAUCACCAACGAGCACGUCAGGAGGAGAAACAUCAAGGAGCGCUACAGGCUCGCUCAGGCUACGAUGAAAAACCACUGAGCUUUGAGGACAUCAAGCUUUCAGGAAUGUCUCAGCUAUGAACUCUAAAGAAAGAGCUACUGAUUUACUGGAUCCUCAGGUGUAAAACUGUGAUGGUUUAGGAAUACUGCAGCUCCUACAGUUUUUAAUCAGCAAACCACUGUAGAGAAAAAAUGUACAUAUGUUGAAAAAUGUAAAUUAUGAAAAAAGCUGUUCUGCUUUAAA